AUGUUUUGGUUGACUGCCUUGUGCAAAAAGCGAGCAGAAUCUCGCGAGAAAUACGUCUUCAAAAAAGGCGCAUGCACGCCGCCUGGCGAUUCCGCUCUUCAAUUGUACAAAAGUCUCGAGAAAGGCGGUGGGGAAUUCUUGAGUUACCUCGACAGUGAUCUGACGUUGGCCGAUCAGAAUGACGAAUUUAGUGAAAUGAAAAGCGACAGAUUCUAUGGAUUCGGGCUUAUUUGGUGA